AUCUCCUCCAUCUUUCUCGAUGGUUAUGGACAGUUGUAGUACCCUAAAAGGCUCACUAUAGAUUCAUUUUCAAGAUAAGAUUUCCUCACACUCUCUCUUGUCCCUGCUUCUUUCUCAUAUGGAGCUACCAUGAUAAUAACAACAACAGCAUCGUCAAGAAACCAAUUUUCAGUAACAAAUCCACUUUCAUUCCAGUGCCAUCCCCCAACACCACUUCCCACCUCCAUCGCCUCCGCCACCAGCCAUUCAAAAUACAAAAACCCACUUCGAAAUCACAGUGCCAAUCAAACUGAACACUCUCUUUCCACCACCAGCAACUCAAAACCUAAAAACCCAGUUCGAAGUCACGGUACCAAUCACGCUGAACAAUCUCUUUCUAUCAUCACCACCACCACUGACGCAUCAAUCAACGCCGACCAAGCACUUUUAACACUUUUGAGACAGAGGAAAACAGAAGAAGCAUGGUUAACCUACUUUCACUCACCUCAUCUCCCAAAUUCCCAAUGUCUAAGUCGAUUAGUCUCUCAGUUAUCCUACCAAAACACCAAAGAAUCCCUAACUCGAGCUCAAUCGGUCCUUCGUCGUCUCCGUGACUUGCGCCAACUUCACCGUCUCGAUGCUAAUGCUCUAGGGCUCCUCGCUGUUGCCGCUGCCAAAGCAGGUCAGACCCUCUAUGCUACCUCAAUUAUCAAAUCCAUGCUUCAUUCUGGUUAUCUUCCUCAUGUUAAAGCAUGGAGUGCUGUUACUAGUCGUCUCGCUGCCUCUGCGGAUGAUGGUCCUUUAGAAGCCCUGAAAUUGUUCACUUCUGUCACAAGGAGAAUUCGGAGUCUUUCGAAUCCUUCAGUAGCUACUGAGGCUCGGCCAGAUACGGCGGCAUUCAAUGCAGUACUUAAUGCUUGUGCUAAUCUUGGUGAUACUGAGAAAUUCCAUCAGCUGUUCGAUGAAAUGCCUGAGUUUAGUGCUAAACCAGAUGUUCUUACUUACAAUAUCGUGAUUAAGCUUUGUGCAAGAGCUAAUCGGAAGGACUUACUUGUUAGUGUGUUGGAAAGGAUUCUUGAUGAAGGAAUUGUGCCCUGUGUCACUACUUUACACUCUCUCCUCGCAGCUUAUGUUGGUUUUAAUGAUUUAGAAACUGCAGAGAAAAUGGUUCAGGCCAUGAGAGAAGGUCGUAAUGAUCUAUGUAAAAUCCUCAGAGACUGUAACUUAGACAAUCCUAUUCAGAUAGAAGGAGAAGUAUUCGAACAGUUGUUACUACCUAAGCCUACAACUCUGAGUAAUUACGAACCACCAUUGUUACCAAAAGUGUAUAAACCAGAUUCUAGAAUUUACACCACAUUGAUGAAAGGGUACAUGAAAGAAGGACGUAUCAGCGAUGUCGUUAGAAUGCUUGAGGCAAUGAGGCAGCAGACUGACAGUUCUAGUCAUCCUGAUCAUGUAACAUAUACCACUGUUAUCUCUGCAUUGGUCAAAGUUGGAGCAAUGGAACGAGCUCAACAAGUUCUUACAGAGAUGGCUCGGGUCGGUGUUCCUGCAAACAGAAUUACCUAUAAUAUCCUGCUCAAGGGAUACUGUCAGCAAAUUCAAAUAGAAAAUGCAAAGGAGUUAAUUAAAGAAAUGUCUAGUAGUGCUGGAAUUGAACCGGAUGUUGUUUCAUACAACAUCUUGAUUGAUGGACUCAUACUUAUUGAUGAUAGUGCGGGAGCUCUUGAAUAUUUCAACGAGAUGAGAGCCAAGGGAAUUGCACCAAGUAAAGUCAGUUAUACCACCUUGAUGAAAGCUUUUGCUUCAAGUGGUCAACCAAGGCUAGUUCAAAAGGUUUUUGAUGAGAUGCUGAAAGACCCAAGAGUGAAAGUUGAUCAGGUUGCAUGGAAUAUGUUGGUUGAAGGGUACUGUAAACUUGGAUUAGUUGAAGAAGCAAAAAAAACUGUUCAGAGGAUGAGAGAGAACGGAUUUUACCCGAACGUCGCUACUUAUGGUAGUCUUGCGAAUGGGAUUGCAGUUGCUAGAAAACCAGGAGAGGCUCUUUUGCUAUGGAAUGAAGUAAAAGGAAGGUGCAAGGUAGAAAAGGAAGGAGUUUCUUCUGCUACUUCACUUCCACCGUUGAUACCAGAUGAAGGGCUCCUUGAUACUCUAGCUGAUGUAUGUGUGAGAGCUGCUUUCUUUAAGAAAGCCUUGGAGAUAGUUGUUUGCAUGGAGGAGUAUGGGAUAUCCCCAAAUAAGACCAAAUACACAAGGAUUUAUGUGGAAAUGCAUUCAAGAAUGUUCACGAGUAAGCAUGCUUCGAAGGCCAGACAAGAUAGAAGGAGCGACAGGAAAAAAGCUGCCGAGGCUUUUAAGUUUUGGUUGGGACUUCCCAACUCUUACUAUGGGAGUGAAUGGAGGCUCGAGGCUGAUAGUUUUUAUGCCACCGAUUGAUAACAUAGUUUAUAACGAGCUACUUUAACAGAAGUUUUAAAUGGGAAGUGACAUGUGGUUGAGUUCAGAACUGUAGAAGAUUUACUAAAGAUGCGGUAGAAAAGUAUAAAUGUAAUUUCAAAUGAAGCCUGUUGUUGUUCAGUAGAAAUGUCCUCUAUAUGUAUUGAUGGAAAAAUCCAUACCAUACACACCGAUAUAAAUCUGAUAUAUUUUCUUUCAUA